GUGAUGACUUGUCUUGCAGCCAUUGGUCCACACUUCCUUUUUCGAGAAACUCGUAGAUAAGAAUCCGAUCAUGACUCGUCGAACAGUAACGCAGAAUCUUCACUAUGUUCUAGUGGCGGAGCUUCUCGAGCAUUUCCAUUUUGGCUUGGAAUUCAUGGAGGCCCUGGAAGGCAUCUCGAUCGAGUUUCUUGAUGGCAACGGUGACGCUGUUGGAGGGAGUGGCCUUGUAGACGAGUCUGAAGCGGCCGUCGCCAAUUAUGAGAUCUGACGAUUAGUUCUUGGUAGCGCCACCUAGCUCAGGCAUGGAGAUCUAGUGGAGACUGGAGAGACGAGUCAAACUGGUGUUUUCGUAGACUGAGACGAAGGUGAGAUCGAGGGCUGGGCGGUUAGAGACGAUCGAACGGUUCAGGUGGUAGUUGCUGGGUGGUUUCCUGCAUUUGCAAAGGAGGGAAAAAAAAACAAAGCAAAGAGUAAAGUUAAAGGGUGAGA